AUGGCUGAAUCAGAAAAUAUGCCUAUCACAACGAAUAUCGUUUCGAAUAGCCAAGGCAGUAGCAAAAAACUAUCACGAAAAAUAGCAAAAGUAAAACCGGAAGAAGUAUCAACACCUACUCAUUUCGAACAUUUAGUACAUAUUGAAGAUGUACAAUCGAACGCCAAUAAUUUUGUUGUAAGAGAAUUAUCACAUGAUCCAAUUAUCAGAAAUAUUUUCAAUAUGAUCGAGAAAAAUAUCGCUGAUGCAGAUCGUAAUUCUAUCACUGUUGCUACUCCUACUGAUAAUAUCACAAAAUUGUGUUUAGAACCAAUCAAAAAAAAUCGGAAAAGUAGUCCUGAAAAUGUUGCAGUUUACACUCAUAAUAUCGAAACAUAUGAUAAUUUCAAUAAUCUUUCUAUUCCUUCUUGUACGACAGACGAAAAGCAAUCAGUGCAGAAACGAAAUAAUUUGAAACUAAGUUUGAAAUGUAGCCGAAAAGGAUCAGAUGAUGAAAAACGUCAGUCGAUACCUUAUACUUUGGCAUCAAAUUUCAGAGAAGAUGAUGAUCAAAAAAGCACCAAAAAUUUUCUGAUGCUAUCGAAGCAUCCCACGAAAUCAAUUUCAUCGUCAGGCUCUACAGAAACUACAUCCUUCGUAGCACCACUUACACCAACAUUCCAGUAUCCUAAUCCAAAAAAACAGGAAGCUGCUUAUGAUGCUCUGAUUUCUCGAAAUACCGAAGAAGUAAUAUCGGAAAGUCUGCUUCAGAAUCAAGAAGCUUCAGAAUCUGUUAACUCAAUGACAACGGAUACAAAUAGUUUUGAGACGAAAUUAAUCGAUUUCAACGAUCAGAUGGAAAUUCGAGAAGCACUGAAACAAUUGGAUGAUGCAUUGGAUGAGCAAAUUCCCAUUGAAACUUUUCAAACUUUGAAUUCAAAAAAUUCAAUUAUGAAGACAGUUGAAGGGAAGGCUGAAUCCACGAAAUCAGAUGAUAAAAAAAAAUCGGUGAAACAAUUAGUUGAAAUGCUUGAUUCAAAGAAAUUACAAUUUAAGAUCAAUCAGGAUUCCAAUUUUAUAUCAAAUAGUGAAAGUAAUACGGAAACAAAAACUUCAUUAUAUGUGUCUGAUUCGGAAACAGUAUCGAAACCAUCUCUCAUUGGUAUCAACAUUUUUGGUCUUAAUAAUGAAAAAUCAAUAGCGGAAAUUAUUGCUGAGAAAAGAAAUUAUAAAAAUCAUUCAAUUCCUAAACAUCCACCCAAAUCACCAAAACCUGUACUAAAAAAACCACUUCCGAUUCCGAAAUCAAAUACUUCAGAUGAGGAAGAGCAACAGAAAUUGUUUUAUCCAUCAUCAUCAUCAUCAUCAUCAUUAUCUACUCAAGCAGUUCAUCCUUCUGAAAAAACGAUAUUUGAUAAUCGAAGAGAAAAUAUGAAUGUUACGGUGGAUAAAAAGCCAAAAAUUCAAUCAAAACAUCAAAAAAUUUCAAAUUCUGAAAUGCUACCAACAAUUAUUAAAGUUGAUGGUUCAGAAUCCUCUGCUAAUUUCCAACCAACAGUAGCUAAUCUGGUUACUUCUGCAGCAUCAACAAUAACUGAUGAUACUAGGAAGGAGGAUUCAAGUCAACAAUAUUUAUCUGAAAAACAAAAUAUAGCAGUUAAUCAUAUUUAUGAAAAUUUAAAUCAAAAUGGUAAUGAAAAAUAUUUGGAAACAUCUUUUGAUGGACCAAUUGCAAUGACAACAGCAAGUGAAAGCAAAAGUGGUACAACGAAGAAUUUGGUGUAUAUUUGUGACAAUGAUAAUAUAACCUCAGGAAAGAAAGAUGCUUCACAUAUUUUCCAUCAUCAUCAUCGACAACAACAACAACAACAACAUCGGGAAAAUUUUGUUACUAAUAAGGAAAAACAUUUUAUUGAUAAUAUUUCAACUAUUAUUCCUGUUUCAUCAUAUGAUCCAUGUAAUUAUGUUCGUAAUGUAAAAUGGCGAAACGAUUCUACGAAACCGGCAAAUUUUGUAUCAUUAGAAAAUGGUCGAAAUUCAGAACCAAUACCACUACAACAAACAUGUUUUAAACGUAACAGUUGCGAUUCCGUUUCGGAUAAACGAGUACAACCGCGCACUUCAAUGUAUGAUACUUCAAAUAACAACGAAUCAAAUGAUAUUGCAAUGAAAUGUGGUCCUAAUAUUGUUCAACAACAUCCUUCAUCCUCAACAGCAAGAAUUUCGGCACGACCUAAACCGGCACCACGGCAAAUCGAUUACAUGAAACGGACGACAGUAAUUGUUGAUAUGCCUGAGAUUGAAAAUAGAAAUUCUGAAAAAGAGCUGAAACGACCAGUACCAAUUCCACGACAAAGUAAACUUAAAAUAGCAUUAAAUGAUGAUUUGUUGAAGAGAGGUUCAUAUAUCGUAACAAAAACACAACAUGGUAUCAUCAAUAAUCCGGAAUCAACGAUAACAAUUGCAAAAACAAUGAAUAAAGCUGAUGAGGAAGAGAAUGAUAGAGGCGAAUGGAUGUUACGUUUGUAA